AUGAGCGUACUACACGCAUCGUUCAACGGGCAAGCGGCCCUGCCCAACAUCCGCCGGCUGCUGAACCCAGACCUGUUUAUCCUCGUGUGCGAGCUCACGCCUACCAAUCUUCUCUUGACGGAUAUGACGGUUGGUACGCUGCCCGGAUGGUGGUUUAUUCUGAGACGGGGAGGCCUUUGGGUCAGUCGGUGGGAUGUCACACUUAAGAAGACGGGGUUCGUCGGCAUCGAUACCAUGACGCCGAAUAUUAGCUCCUUGCUGCCUGCAAAUUUGUUCAUUUCUCACGCGGUGGAUUUCAAAAUCAUGUUGCUGCGCGGACCGUUCGCUGCAAAGGGGCGUUACCCGGCUGUGCGGACCGAUGCGCUGGCUGUUAUUGGAGGAACCACGUCAUCUAUGUGCAGACAGUUGUGUUUUUUCACUGCGCACCGCUUCAAGGUUAAAUAA